CACCAUGACUCUGCUCCACAGAGUCCAGACCACGUUCACUCAGCCUCUCUAUGCUGGAGUUAGGUUUUAUUCUCUUUUUCAUGAAGAAUCCACAGCUGAGUUGUGUAAACUCAAAUAGACUUGAGUUCUUUCAGGAGCAGUGAGUUAAACUCUGUGUUUAAAUCUUUAACUUCUCUGCGACAACAAGAACAUCAACAAAGUUUUCAGUUUAAAUUCCUCAAAUCUCUUGUUUCCUGAGUCUUCAUUUAGUUUUAAACACUUUAAAACAGAACAAAGUGAACUUUAGCUUCUAUAAAUCCUUGAUUUUAUCUCACUCUGGCCUUUGCAUGCUUCUGUGUUAUUAUCACUGCUGUGUGUGUUUGACACGGAUGCCACAGAUUAUUCUUAAUCUGUGCGUGUGAUAAUAAAGGCAUCAUCCAGGCCUAUGGCUGCAGGUUAUAUUAAGUUAAUACAAUCAAUAUUUCUUCCAAUUUAUCUGAAUGUCCUUCUGCUCUGAGGAUGUUCAUAAAUGCACGUGGGUCAUUGAAAGUGCUUGAAUUGUAUGCAAGAAAGAAUAUGUAGGUUAAUGUCUCCCACAUCUGAUGUGCCCUUCAGGGUUCCCAUGGGUCCUGGAAAUCCUUGAAAGUUAAUUAGUGUGAUAAAAAGAAAAGUCAAGGCCCUUGAAAGCUUUUGAAAAUCGCCCUAAAUCAACAUGGGUCAUUGAAAGUGCUUGAAUUGUAUGCAAAAAGGAAGUUGAGUUGAUAUUUAGGUCAAUGACUCCUGCAUCCAAUGUGCUCUUCUUCUUUUUUUUUUUCAGCUCACAGGGACACAGGAGCUGCUGCUCUAUGCUGCCUCGUGUGGUCACUUUCUGUCACUCAGGUUAAUUUCAACAAAAGUUUUUUUAGCACAGAAUUUUGCAGAAUAGCUUAUUUGAAGUUAGUGAUGGAGGCAGCAGUGGAUCAACAACUCCUGUGUGCUGUGAUGUUAAAAUCACUGAUUUUCUCUAUGGACUUCUGUGUGGGAGAGAGUGAGUGAGUGAUUUCAGAAAGUAGCACAACUUCACUUUCCAUUUUGAGAGUCAGAACUGUUCCUUUAACUUUCCCUCUGAUAAACACACACACACACACACACAGGGAGUGUCACUAAGAACAGAGGUCACUCCAUGUCAGAGUGGGAGUGGUUAUGCCUGCUGAGCUCACAUUUCCUGGUUCCCUCCCCCUCACACUUGCAGUUUGACAAUGGGAGGAGGAGGAGGAGCCAACAUGUGUGGAAGAGCCAGAGCUGACAGGCUCUGCCCACUGCUGAGUCACAUGUUGUUGAGAUCAGAGCUUAAACUGGUUCCAGUUAUAAGGAAGAGAAAGUAAAAGUCAGACAGUCGCGGUGACAGAGCGGUGAAAUGGCAGGAGUUCAGCUGCACAGAGAAACCUUGUCUUGUUCCAUCUGUUUGGAUCUUCUGAAGGAUCCAGUGACUCUUAACUGUGGACACAGCUUCUGUAUGAACUGUAUUAAAGACCACUGGGACACAGAGGAUAAGAAGAGGAUCUACAGCUGCCCUCAGUGUAGAGAGACCUUUAUGCCGAGGCCUAAACUGUUAAAAAACGUCAUGUUAGCAGAUUUAGUGGAGGAGCUGAAGAAGACUGGACUCCACGCUGCUCCUGCUGAUCACUGCUAUGCUGGAGCUGAAGAUGUGGCCUGUGAUGUCUGCACUGGCAGGAAACAUAAAGCUCUCAAGUCCUGUUUGGUUUGUUUGGCCUCUUACUGUGAGGAACAUCUCCAGCCUCAUCAUCAAGCACCUGCAUUUAAGAAGCACAAGCUGGUGGAGCCGUCCAAGAACCUCCAGGAGAACAUCUGCCCUCUUCACGAUGAGGUGAUGAAGAUGUUCUGCCGCACUGAUCAGCAGUGCAUCUGUUAUCUCUGCUCUGUGGACGAACAUAAAGACCACGACACGGUCUCAGCUGCAGCAGAGAGGAAGCAGAAGCAGACAGAGCUGGAUCUGAGUCGAGAAGAAGUCCAGCAGAGAGUCCAGGACAUAGACAGAGACGUGAAGGUGCUUCAACAGGAGGAGAAGGCUCUCACUCUCUCUGCUGAUAAAGCUGUGAAGGACACAGACAAGAGCUUCACUGAGAUGAUGGGUCUCCUGCAGAGAAGAAGCUCUGACGUGAAGCAGCAGAUCAGAUCCAAGCAGGAAACCGAGGUGAGACGAGUCAAAGAUCUUCAGGAGAAACUUCAGCAGGAGCUCACUGAGCUGAAGAAGAGAGAAGCUGAACUGAAGCAGCUCUCACUCACACAAGACCACAACCAGUUUCUCCUCAACUACCGCUCACUGUCAGCACUCAGUCCGUCGACACACUCGUCCACCGUCCACGUCCGUCCUCUGAGACACUUUCAGGACGUGACAGCAGCUGUGGCAAAGGUCAGAGGUCAACUGCAGGACGUCCUGACCGAGACGUGGACAAACGUCUCACUGGCUGUGGCUCGAGUAGAUGUUUUACUGACAGAACCAGAACCAGAACCAGAGACCAGAGCUGAAUUCCUCAGAUAUUCACAGGAAAUCAAACUGGAUCCAAACACAGUAAACAACUAUCUGUUAUUAUCUGAGGGAAACAGAAAAGUGACAUUAAUGUAUGAAGAUCAGUCUUAUUCUAGUCACAGAGACAGAUUCACUGAUGUGGGUCAGGUGAUGAGUGAGGAGAGUCUGACUGGACGUUGUUACUGGGAGGUGGAGAGGAGUGGAGGAGGAGGAGUUUGUGUAGCAGUGACGUACAAGAACAUCAGCAGAUCAGGUUCAGAUGAAUGUAGAUUUGGAUUCAAUGACAAAUCUUGGGCUUUAGAUUGUCACCACAACAGUUGUGAGUUUGUUCACAACAGAAUCAGGACUAAAGUCUCAGAUGUUAAAGUCUCCAGAGUCGGAGUUUACCUGGACCACAGAGCAGGUCUUCUGUCCUUCUACAGAGUCUCUGACACCAUGACUCUGGUCCACAGAGUCCAGACCACGUUCACUCAGCCUCUCUAUGCUGGAGUUAGGCUUUAUUCUUUUUUUCAUGAAGAAUCCACAGCUGAGUUGUGUAACCUUAAAUAGACUGGAGUUCUUUCAGGAGCAGUGAGUUAAACUCUGUGUUUAAAUCUUUAACUUCUCUGCAAUAACAAGAAAAUCAAUAAAGUUUUCAGUUUAAAUUCCUCAAAUCUCUUGUUUCCUGAGUCCUCAUUUAGUUUUAAACACUUUAAAACAGAACAAAGUGAACUUUAGCUUCUAUAAAUCCUUUAUUUUAUCUCACUCUGGCCUUUGCAUGCUUCUGUUUUAUUAUCACUGCUGUGUGUGUGUGUGACACGGAUGCCACAGAUUAUUCUUAAUCUGUGCGUGUGUUAAUAAAGGCAUCAUCCAGGCCUAUGGCUGCAGGCUAUAUUAUGUUAAUACAAUCAAUAUUUCUUCCAAUUUAUCUGAAUGUCCUCCUGCUCUGAGGAUGUUCAUAAAUGCACGUGGGUCC